CACAGUGCAGUGGAUGCAGUCAUGAGCAGUUGACGUGCUGUCACUGUGCUCUAACAUCCUGUGGGUGAAGAUGGACUUUGACUAUCAGAAAGUAAAAGAUGCUGAAUCACUUCAGAGGGAACAGCGACUCAACUCACAGCCAAUCCUGUACCCGAGACCCAUGCCUCGACCGUCUCUUGUCCCAGAAACCCAGCCCUCCAGUCAGAAGCCUCCAAUCAAACCCAGACGCAGCAUAAAAUGUCGUCCUACUGCACUGCAAGGACCUGAACAGCCAAACAGCCAAGCCAAUCAGAAGGAGAAUGAGGCAGUAGUGAAGAGGAUAGCUCCCUCUCAGGUGCUCGGCCCUGUAGGGCCUCUGGAGGCUCAGACUCCGUCUCUGCGGGCUCACAUCCUGCUGUGGUUUCAGAAAACGCAGCUACCUCGUCUUCAAGCACCCGGACGCCCGCUGCCUCGCUGGCUCCAUGGCUUCGCCACACGCAGGGAGGCAGAGCAGCUUCUGCAGGAUAAGCAGCAGGGCUGUUUCCUGUUGAGACUCAGCGAGUCAAUGGUUGGCUUCGUCUUGUCUUACAGAGGUGCAGACAGGUGCCGUCACUUCUUCAUCGAGGAGGAAAGUGAAGUGUCUGGACUGAACGGUCGGUAUGUCAUUGCUGGGGAGAACAGCAGACAUAGCAGUCUGGAAGAGCUGAUCAGUUACUACACCUCCAAUCCAGUGGGGCCCUUCAGUGAAACUCUCACUGUACCCUGUGAUCAGCCCACCGGCAGCAGUGAUGAAAUAACAAAGCUGGCCGUGAGAAAUGAAGCAGGAAGAUCAGACGAAGGAGAACAGACAGUGCAAUCUACUCAGACUGUCCCAGAGUGCAAUGCCACUGACUCCACACACCAGGCUGCAGGAGCUGCUUCUGAUUCUGCUCAGUAUGCUGUGGUGAGAAAAGUCCUGAAGAAGACUCAUUCUCUGCCCGAGUGUAGGAGUGUACCUGACAUGUGUCCCACAGAAGAGAAUGGCACAUCAGAGCUUGUUGAGAACAUUGCAGAAGACCUGGCCCAGUCUACAGACGUCCCAUACGCCCGAGUCAAUAAACCACCCAGAGCUGUGCAACAGAAUCCCUCCUUCAGCUCCACUGACCCUGAUCCCAGCUUACUGGGGGCAGCGGCGUCCACUGGUUCUCAGUCAGUUUCCAGCACUACAAACAUGUCAGAACAGAAGUACUGGGAACUAGAGCCGCUGCACACUUAUGAGGAGACCCCACACAUGCGUCCCCGCAACGAGGAGAUCGACUUCUAUGCCAUGGGGAGGCGCAGAGAAAUAGAAAGGAACACAGGAGACCUUCCUGAGAAUCACCUUUACUCAGAGGUCAAUAUUAAAGGCACCAGAGAUGACCUCCCAAGUAUGCCAGCUCCUCCACCAAUCAGGGCAGCCACCAUGGCUAACCCCAUCCCUUCAUCCACAAGGCCCAACCCGAGCUUGCCCUCAAGACCACCCCCUAGACAUGCAGCCUUCAGAUCUGACAGCAGUGUACAACAGACUGGUUUUGGUGGUUCCCCGGGAAUGACUGCAUCUGGAUCCCCACUCUUCAACCUUAACCAACCAGAGCAUCUGCAGUCUGCAAACUCCGCCUUCUCCAUAUAUGAACAGAUUCCCGAGAGACCAGCCAACUCCAGACCUCCUCUGCCACCCCCUAACCCCAAACGUUAAGCCAAGAUCUUCUAAAACCCUCAGCACUGACUUGUACUCGUGCUUUUGUGACCAUCCCUGCAUUGCCAAAUAUAUUCAUUCUAAAAACAUAGUAUCUGAUAGGUUCUCCCAUUAGUUCUUCUGGCCAUGAUAGCUUUUGCUGGAUACCUCUGGGCAACUACAGCGCUGCUAAUGGUGCUGAUAAAAGAGCUACUGCGAAAGUGGAGAUCAGAACAGCUAACUCUGUCUUCAUCUGCACAAUCCCGGAUUGUUAAAGCAAAGAAAUAUAGAAAUAUAGAAUUAGAACUAAAGGUAGCAGGACAGAGUCCCUGACAAAAUCACCAAAUUCAUUUAAUGUAAAAGGAGACAGCACAACAAUGCUUUUUUUGAAGGUAUUUUUUUUGCGUAUUCUCAUCAGAGAUUACUGUUACUUUAACCUUCAUGCUAGAAUUCUAAAAAAAAAAAAACUACAUAAGGUUUUAAUUGUAAAUGAAGAAACAUUCUUCAAAAAAAAGUAUCAGUUCCCUAAAAGAACCCUUUUAAGCCAAAGUGUGUCACUUUUUGUUAAUUUAUCUGAUGUAUGUUACAUCAGGAUUUAACCUUAAAACAUUUACAGUCAUGUUCCCACAAUAAGAAAAAAAAAAAAAAAACAAUGAAUGAGCUGCUCAAUUAAUUUUUCUGGUUAAAUUAUGAAUUUGAAUCAAUAUUUAGAAAUGGUCUGGGCUCAUAUGGUUAAGGGUGAAGCUCAAGCUUAAAUUAUAUUUUAGUAAACUUAAGAGCUUUUCCCCCCUCUAUAUUCAAAUAUUUAGGAUUAUGAGCAGAUAAUGACCUGAAUAGGCUGUUCAAAACUAUAUACUUUUUAAAAAAGAGUUUACUUCUUCUCAAUCCUAACUUAUUCACCUGUUUAUAAAUGCCUAUUUAGAUAAAACGCACAAAUAAAGAUUUUAAAACUGAA